AUGCGCGGCGUGCUGUGGGCGGCGGCUGCUGCUGCGCUCCUGGCGCUGGCGGCUCCUGAGCGUCGCGCCGACACGGACUUCGAGUUCGACGACGCACCGGAAGCGCAUACGGCGCGUUCGCGACGUCCGCGUCGCUACGUUUAUGACCCGCAAAAUCCGUUAUGCCGGGAGCUGGUUUGCAAAAAGCGCGAGGUGUGCUUGCUACGCGACGCGUUUACAGCGCAGUGUGCUACUAAGAAGGAUGUACUACGAAGGGGCGACACGAUCGUGGCGGCGCGACGCGAGCGUGGCGACGACGAUGACGUUUUCUACGAGGCGGCCGCGCCCGCACGUGCCGCCGACAACGAGGCGGACGUGGACCCCGAUGGCGAGUUGGACAACGAGGCUGAUCACGACGAUGAACUAGAUCACUCCCACGAUCGCCCGCCAGAACGAUGCGUGGGUUGCGGUGGUGCGGCGGCUGGAAGUGGUACGGGCGCGCAGUUCGUGUGCGGCUCGGACAACCGCACGUACUCAUCGCUGUGCCGGCUCGCCCUGCACAAUUGCGUGCGGCGGCAAGCCAAGCCCGUGCGGCUCGCCUGCCGCGGCUUCUGCCCGUGCCGCGCCCUGCACUCCGCACCGCACAUCGCUACGCACUCCGCUGCCACCAGGCGUUUCCGCGAUCGUGGCGGCGGGCGACGCAGCGGUGGCGCGGGGCGGGGUGGGGCGUCGGACACGCGCGUUGCAGGAUCCGAAAGCUGCGAGCUGGAUAAGAUGGCGAACCGUCUGCUAGAUUGGUUUUCCGUACUCAUGGAGGAAGCCGGAGGGGUAGCACCACCGCUACAAGGAUUUCCGCGGGACUGCAAGCCUGAAGUGCGGUGGAUGUUUUCGCACCUGGACGUGGCUGGUGACGGACUGCUAUCGCAUGACGACCUCUAUGCACUACGUCACGACGAGCGUGAGCGGUGCUUGCGUCCGUUCCUGGCGUCGUGCGGGCGCGGCGUGGUGUCGCGGGGUGCGCGGGGCGGACGGGGAGCGCGCGGGCGCGGUGCGGAAGCGCACGGCCUGACGCUGGCGCCUACGUGCCGGCGUGCGACGCGCGCGGCUUCUACCUGCCGCGGCAGUGCCAUGCAGCGCUCGGCGUGUGCUGGUGCGUGGACGCGCACGGCGUGGAGCGGCCCUCCUCGCGCACCAAGGGACAGCCCGCCUGCCCCACCGCUGACGAUCAAGAGUCGGAGAGCGGCGAGAGCUUGGAGAGCGAGGGGGGUGCGGGAGAAGAGGGGGACGCGGGCGCGCUCGGGCCCGCAGACGACGAGGACGAGCCCGGCAGCGGGGACAACGAGCUGCGCUUCUAGAGCUGAAACUCGGCAUUCCAAAGCCGUCGUGGAUGGAUGGCCAAAGCGUCACCCGUCGGUUGCGCCGCAUCGAACCCCGUUGCAAUUUAUUAUAAUAGUACUUACUUACGUUUAG